AAUUCAAAUAAUGAAGCAACCAUGGUAAAAACGAGUAGCAGCAUAAUAAAAGUAAGUGAACUAGCAGUCAGUAGUAACAAUAAUACAUAUAAAGUGUAUAUUGUACAGAUAGAAAGGACCCGUGUGUCUCCGUCAGACACCGAAGCAGCUGAUCAGCCGGUCUGGGUUGGAACAGUGCUCCAAGUUUGGGAACUUUUCCUAUCUGAGAUGUAGUAACACAUGUGACUCAUCACCUGUUGAUGAGAAGAUUGAUAGCGCUCUCAUUUCUGUAAGAUAAAUAUAAAGUAGGGGGUUUAGUUUAGCUUACAAACUGGAAGCAGGAGGAAACAGCUCGCCUUGCUCUGUCCAUAAAUCCACCAGCCUGUACUUCUAAAAUGUACAAAAUAAUAUUCGUACAGAAACUAUUCAUCGGCUGAGCCAGCGACUUAGUUUCAGUUCCUGCUCUGACUCAUCCUGUGCAACUGACACUCACCAUGGCCUCAGUGCCUCAGGGUAAACAGGGAGGGCCGAGUGACCGUCUGAUCGCUGUGUUCAGGCUCUGCUCCAAAGAUCCAACCGUAGAGAUUGAAAUGACACUGAGACGUAUGCUUCGUACGUUCCUGCAGCACCACAUGGACAAUGCAGGAAAUGAGAACACAACAAACGAUUUGGCAGUAACGUGCUGCAGAGAAGCAGAGAUCUGGUAUUACAGGAUACUGGAGGCCCUUGUCAUUCAAGAGAGAAGAAGGCUUGGCGUCAGUGACAUCCCGGUCGCCUUUAAGACCGAUCUGUUCCACAGCUGCCUGGUGGCCUGUUGUCUGGAGAUUACCAUAUCCUCAAACCGUCUGCCAUAUGAGUUCCCUCUGCUCCCUCAGGUCUUAACACUGGACCCUUACCACUUCAUGAUGGUGAUCGAGUCGGUGUUGCGGGUUGACGUGUGCCUGCCCCUCGCUGUGGUCAGACACCUCGCCCAAGUGGAAGAGAAAGUUCUGGAGAGCUUGGCCUGGACCACCGACUCACCGCUGUGGAAGGAAAUCACAGCCAACCAGGGCCAUCUGCCCACCUGCCUACAGGUGAUGCCUCCAACACUUGAAGGUCCAACAGACUCUCAACCUAACAGAGUGGAUCUCAGUUUGGGAGCUGACCAACAGCGUUCCCUCUCAGCUGUAAACGGGCCUCCGAGAAGCAAAUUCCUCCAUCUGUUUGCUCGCAAGGUUUACACCUUGAUGGGCAAACGUCUGAGGGAGCUGUGCUCCACACUGAACAUCAGUGAUGAGCUGCGGCUGAAGAUCUGGACCUGUUUUGAGUACUCUCUGGUCCACUGUGCUGACCUCAUGAUGAACCGUCACCUGGACCAGCUGCUCAUGUGUGCCAUCUACAUCAUCGUCAAGACUACCAAUGGGGACAUUCUCUUCAAAGACAUAAUGAACUGCUACAAGUCUCAGAUAUUUGCAAGCAAAAAUGGUGUCUGCAAAAAUGUGCUGAUUUGGGGAAAAGACGAAGACACAUCUCUCACUGGAAACACCAAUAGUGAAGACCACGCCGGCGGUUACCCGACCCCCAACUCGCCAUCGUCACAUUAUUCGGAACCUCCUCGGAAGGAGAGGGGCAAUAUCAUUGAGUUUUACAGUCAGAUCUACUGCACAAAGAUGAAGGACUUUACCGAGCAGUUUACCCCGACCUCUGGAAGAGACACGCCACCUUUGUCUCCGUACCCCCGACUGUGGAUAGCGCCUCCUCGCAGACAGCGGCUGUCCAGCAGACACCACGUCUUCAUCACGCUGUACAACACAGAAGCCACUUUGCCCCGUACAUCAGGAAUCUGCUACUACUUCAACGCCAGCUCCCGAGAGCGUCUGCCUCAGAUCAAUAACAUGAUCAGAAUGGGCAGGUCACCCAACAGGCGACCCUGUGUGGUGUCAUUGAAUAGAGCAGAGGAAGACGAGGAGGAGGAGGGUCCUUCAGCGAAGAGGUUCUGUCGCAAUGGUCAGUCAGCCUUGCAGAGGCGACUCAGGAAUGUGGUGAAUGAUCGCGUGGCAAGAAGGGACCAACCAACCAGCUCCAGCUCCAACAUGAGCAUCACCUAACAUGCACUGAGCCGAGAGGAGCCGUCGUCUCUCUGCUGUAAUAUUAAUAGCAGGUGAGGAGGUUGAGGAAACGCACACAGCGGCUUUGUCUUCUCUCACAGAUAUCUUUUAACUAUUCCGUUGGGCCAAAUUCUUUGUCUGUGCUAAAAUUAUGCUUCCUUUUGCUCUUUUGCUUUGCACUAUUUCUGACACUUACUGUCCUUGAAAAAGGCACUUAGCCCUCAGCUCAGUGGCCAAUGUGGACGAUUGUGGUCGUCCUGAGCGGCUCCCUCGUGGAGGUGUAUGAUGUACGAAUUGGAAGUAGGGCAUGGCUGGAAAGUGCUCAGUUGACUUUCCUUGGAUAAAUAAAGUCAGACUGAGAAGUGCAGUUAUUACUGCAGGACAAACGUGUCUGCCCCAGACAGCUCUCAGGGGGGGCGGGCUUAUGUCAAGCUUCACCAGCGUCAGUGGCUUUAAUGAAUACUUAAUUGUAACUGACUAGUUCCUGAUUAGCUGAGGAAUGAUACUGUGUCCAGUGAAAGCAUUUUAAAUCACUUUAUAUGUGUUUUUUUUUCAGUUUUCUUCCAAUAAUGAUGCUUCCUAGAUUAUAUUUUUAUAUAUAUAAACAUUUUAGAUAAGUUGUGUUGAGUUCUUCACGGGAAUGAAGGGAAAGUGCAGAAAUCACAACAGCGUGAUAUUGUAUUCUAUGGUACUUAAAAUGUGAAGAAACUAAAUAUUAGUAUUUAGGGGCGUCCCGGUAGCACAGGCGUCCCAUAUACAAAGGCUGAGUCCUUGCCCACAGCGGCCACUGGUUCGAGUCCGACCUGUGUGCUGUAUGUUGUUCCCUCUCUCUCCCCCUUUCACAAUCUGCACUUCUCUAUCAUAAAGGCAUGAAAAGCCCAAAAAUAUAGGUUAAAAUGAAAAAUAUUAGUAUUUAAUGAUAAUAAAGUGCCGCUCCACUUAUUGUGACAUUGUUCUGAUGUUUGACCUUCACCUUCGCUGUGUGUGCGGCUAUAUUUAACAAUAAACAAACAUUUAUUUAA